AUGGAACCUAACAAUCAUGAGAAUGACGGGGGUGAGUGUGAUUGGAAGCCUAGAGUUCGCAUGGCAUUUGAUACAGAACAAGAAGCAUAUGAUUUCUAUGAUACUUAUGGAGGAAGGUUGGGCUUUAGUAUUAGAAGGGGUUAUGUAAACAAGAGCAAAGAGGGGCAAAUCACUUCAAGGCAAUUUGUUUGCAAUAAAGAGGGAUUUCGGGUUGUCGACAAGCGAGAUCCAUUAACAAAAAAUCUUAGGCAAGAAGUGAGGACUGGUUGUCAAGCCCGACUUGUCAUUAAGUGGGAUAGGAAUAUGCAGAAAUUUUUUGUUAGUGAUUUUGUUGAACAACAUAAUCAUAUCUUUGUACCAACAGAAUGUACGCAUAUGUUACCAUCCCAAAGGAAGAUAUUUGCAUCACAGGCAACCGAAAUAGAUUUAGCUGAAAAAUCUGGAAUCCAUCUUAAUGCUGCAUUUGAGCUCAUGGGUAAUGAAGCUGGGUAA